AUGAAAGGACUUCCAGGUGGGCCAAAGGGAGAAAAGGGAGAAAAGGGAAUGCAAGGGAUUCCCGGAUUAAACGGAUUGGCAGGCCUGAAAGGAAUGGCAGGCAUGAAAGGUAUGAAAGGAAACAUGGGCAUGAAGGGAAACAUGGGCAUGAAGGGUUCCAAGGGGUCUCCAGGAAUGAUACUUAUGAUGCCACCGGCGAGUCAAACGACCGGCUUUACACCGACUGGAACCGGAGCGGGUUUUGGGACGACCGGAGGUUCCGGAACUACCGGCGGUUCUGGGUUUACCGUUGGGGCCGGAAUUUUCACAGGUUUCGCACAAAACAAUGCACUGCUCAAUUUAUUAGGGAUCCAAAAUGCUGGAUUCCCCCUAUUCAGCAGAAUGCGAUCUGAGUCUAAGGGUAUCGCCAAAAAUGCUCAGUAUAUCAGGGCAAAUAGAACAGAAGGUGUGGCAUCAAUAAUCACGCUGGCAGUAGCGGUCGUGGUGCUGGUGGUGGUGAUUGUUGUUAUGUGGAGAAGAGUAUCACGGAACAAGGAGACAUUACGGGAGACAUUACACAAGGAAAUAUCUGAGUUACGGGAAGACAUAGCCAACAAUGAGUUCGGCACAAAUGACUGUGACUGCAACGAAUCAAUAGUGUAG